GCAGACAUCAGUGCACAGCGUACCGCACAGCUUCAAGGAUGUGGUGGAGGUACCCCCAGAGGUGUGUCAGAUCAUCCAUGUCAGAGUUGCCCUGCAAAAGGCACUGACAAAGAAUGAACUACAUCAGGACACCAGAUUAUGGGACUACCACGGACAACUGGUCCCCAACGUGGACAAGGCCCUCAGGAGGGCAGGGCUCCUGAAGUGAAAGGGUUUGUGGAUACCUGGCGGUAUCCAUUGUAGCUUGAAGGAUGUAAAGACCCUAGAACUCUUUUAUAUCAGUGUCAGAUAUAUCAGCACCAUCUAGUGGUACUUCUUUGCUAUGGCACUCACUUGUCUCAACACGAAUCUGCUGGUUGCAAUCCCAUGAAUGUAAUGGUAAUAUAAAAUCAAAUGUAUACACUACAAGAAAUUCAAUAAAAGUAUACAUCCUAAAUACGGGUAUAGUUUUAUGAAAUGGAGUUUCCAUUAUUUGAAUCUGUGUGUACAAUUUAGGUCUAAAUGUCGAAUUUGCGACUUUGAAACCUCCGUCCUGUUUCUUCGGUUGCAAAACGAAACCACAUGAUUCCAUGAGUAGGUUGCAUUGGAAGGUCGAUUUGCCGAUUCUGAAUUGGAAGGAUGCUUUACUUGGAAAGGAGGGUACUCGGGCUAGCAGCCUGUGAGCUCCAUACUGGAAAGCUAUUGAAGUGCACCUUGAAGCCUGAUUCCCAUCACACUUUUAACUCCUUCCUUCUCCAAAGGGCAUGGCUUUCGUCACAGCCUCAGCCCAGUGGACGUCACCCUUGUCAUUCUCUUGACCAGAGAGCAGCAGGGUUGUAUGGGAUCCAUGCACAGCCCACACAAGCCGGUCCCCAUCACCGCCCCCCAACCCUCCCACUCCUGACCCACAGGGUCCUCCUCUCCCAGGCCCCCUCCCCCAAACCCAACUCCUCCGAGUCUGCCGCCAAGAUCAAGCUGCGGACCCGUCUGCUGGUGACCCUGCUGUUUGGCGGGGGGCUGCUGGGAACCUGGUGGUACGUCCACUCGGAGAAGGAGCAGAGACGGCGGACGCAACGCAUCGAGCAGCUGAGGCAGGUGGCUCUGGGCCACGGGGACUUCCACCUCCUGGACCACAGGGGGCAGCGGAGGACCAAGAAAGACUUCCUGGGGAGCUGGGUGCUGCUGUACUUUGGCUUCACCCACUGCCCGGACAUCUGCCCUGAGGAGCUGGACAAGCUGAGCGCCGUGGUCACGGCCCUGGACCAGGACCCCGCCCUGCCCCCCGUCCAGCCCCUCUUCGUCACCGUGGACCCCGAGAGGGACGACAUCGCAGCACUGGCUCGGUACGUCGGGGACUUCCACCCGCGCGUGAUCGGCCUGACGGGCACCACGGAGGAGGUGAAGCAGGCGGGGAGGGACUACCGCGUGUACGCCAGCCUGGGGCCUAAGGAUGAGGACGGGGACUACAUUGUGGACCACACCAUCCUCAUCUACCUGGUGAACCCCGACGGCCUGUUCCUGGACUACUACAACCGGAUGAAGAGCGACAGCCAGAUCGCCGACAGCAUCAGGAAGCACAUGAAAGCGUAUGUGAAGUUACUGCCUGAGUGAAUGGCUGCUGCUAAAGGUCGAGACUGAACAGGUGGGGAUUAAUCAAGAGGGAUUACUGGAUGAUGUCAAUUGUGCACUUCCUGUUUAAGACCUGGGCUUUUGACACUAAAUGAUGACACUUUUGGAUGGAGCGUCUGCCUGGGCAUCAUAUGGUUACAAGAACAAGACCGCGGUGAAUGAUUUGGAUGCAGUGUGGAUU